UUGGCGACGAGAAGAACCAACAGUUUGUGCUACAGUUCAGUGCAGUGCGAAAAAAGUGUGCAGCGUUGUGCGUGCUACAGUGGAAAAAAACCGUACAGGACGAUAAAAAAAAAUCGGUAUUCCGAGUAGUUUGCAGAAUGAGUUUGAAUCAUCUUUUUGGAGUAAUUGUUGGAGUUUUGGCGCUUGCUACAGUCACGUGGGGGCAAGAGUGUAAUUUACCAGGUGAUAAUGGUAACCAAAUGAAAGGGUCCUGCGUUCCAAAAGAUGAAUGCCGGACAUGGAAGGGCUUGCUAGCCCGACCUUCCAUUUCAGCACAAGUAUUACAAAAAUACAUACAGGCUAACGAAGCCUGCAAAAGCCAAGGCACCAACGUUUGCUGCGCAACGGAGGAUAUCAUAAAAUGUAAGAAAGACAUUGCUCCAGAAUGUCUUCAAGAUCGACUUGGCGAGGAUAACAAACAUAACGGAACAUACCCAUCCGAUUCUACGUUCAUCGCGUUCAUAAGCUAUUAUAACGAAACAGCAAACCAAACUAAGCUUUGUGGUGGCAGUAUGAUAACAUCCGAGUUUGUACUCACUGCCGCACAUUGUGUUAAGGGUGUUAAAAGACACUUGGUUUAUAUUGGUACAAGUAAUAUCAAUCUGUUUUAUCCUGAAUUUAACGAAUCUUAUCCGGACGGAAUCGAAUACAUUGUGACCGAGAGUGUAAUCCACAAUCUGUACAACGCGAAAACGUACGAGUAUGAUAUCGCUCUAUUGCGACUGCCGGAAGCUGUUAACUUCAGUUUGCCAAACUCUCCACAACCUGUCUGUAUCCCAAUGGCAGGCCAACACUACAGCGUACUACCCAAACGUAGUUCUCGUGUGCUUAAAUCCUUCGGCUGGGGUAGCAAUAUUGAAGGAAUCCUGACUGAAAGUAAACAGCUUGUGACGGUUCAGGAGAUUUCAUUAGAGUUGUGCAGGGAAGAACUAAAUGGUACUGCUGAGAAGAUACGGAAUGAUGGCGAACAAAUCUGUACCAUUACCAUUUCUGGUCACAAUGUUUUUCCUGGAUUCUCAGGAUGUCCCCUGAUGUAUCGUCAAAACGAAGUUUGGUUCAUGGUGGGAUUGGUUAGUCAUGGAUAUACUUAUAAAAACCGAAAUUCGAAUAAGUAUCCCUACAUUAAUACAUUUAUUGGAAACCAUACUGCAAAGUGGAUUGUAGAAAAUAUCAAUAGAAUGAAACUGGAUUAUAGAAGAUGAAAAAAAAAUACUGAAUCCAUCUAUUCAUAUCCUUUAGAUGGAAAUAAGAAAACCGUAUUUUUUAUAAAAUUCCCGUUAAAAAUUAAUUAUAAAACAUAUAAAAAUAA